AUGCGCCGAUCGGCUCUCCGCUCUUCGAGCCCUUCUCGCCAAAGAUCCUACAGCUCCGCUAUAAGAUCUUUGCUUCUCGCUCCUCGACGCCUGUUCCCGUCUGGCGGAGGUGACGUAAGACGCUAGCGCGCGGAGGCGGAAAUGACGAGCGUUGUUUGCGCGGCGGUUGGGGCGAAGAUGGAGGAGGAUCAAAAGGAGAACUUUCCGCGGGCUCCCGACAGCGGCCCUGGUCCUGGUCCGGCGCAGCUGAAGCAGCGCUGCAGACUUGAUGGUCAAGAAUAUCCAAUAAAAGCUACUCCUACAACCUACAUAAAAGACUUCAGUGACCCAGUCUACAAAGAAAUUGCUGUCACAAAUGGUCACAUCAACAGAAUGACUCGUGAUGAGCUCCGCACAAAGCUAGCAGAGCUCCAUUUAGAAACCAGGGGAGUGAAGGAUGUGCUGAGAAAACGGUUAAAAAACUUCUACAAGAAGCAGAAACUGACUCAGACUUUGCAAAUCAAGUCAGAGUGUUCAGAUAUGUACUACGAUUACAUCUGCGUUAUUGAUUUUGAAGCAACUUGUGAAGAGAACAAUCCACCAGAAUACCUGCAUGAAAUUAUUGAGUUUCCCAUUGCUCUCAUGAAUACUCGCACGCUUGAAAUUGAGGAUACAUUCCAGGAGUAUGUUAAACCAGAACAGAAACCCACCCUUACAGAAUUCUGCACCAAACUCACGGGCAUCACACAGGAUAUGGUGGACAAGGCAGGGAGUUUUCCAGAUGUUCUUCAACGAGUAGUUGAUUGGAUGAGAGAGAGAGAACUAGGAACCAAGUGCAGAUAUGCAGUAUUAACUGAUGGGUCCUGGGAUAUGAGCAAGUUCCUGAAUGUUCAGUGCCACCUCAGCAGAAUCGAAUAUCCACGGUUUGCAAAGAAAUGGAUUAACAUCCGAAAAAGUUAUGGCAACUUUUACAAGGUUCCUCGGACUCGGACCAAACUUGCCUCCAUGCUGGAAAAUCUCGGAAUGGUGUAUGAAGGUCGGCCUCACUGUGGAUUGGACGAUUCUCGAAAUAUUGCUCGGAUUGCUAUCCGAAUGCUCCAGGAUGGUUGUGAACUACGUGUCAAUGAGUGCCUGCAUGCAGGGCAACUGGUAAAUGUCCCCAAUACCUCCCCAUUGGAGAGUGCUCCUCCUCCUUACUCCCCGUGGCAGAAAGUUUAGGUACCGGAAUACUGGAAUGGAGAAUCCAGUGUGCCCAAGUAGGUUUGAAGGAGGAGUGAAGGAGCACAACAUUCAGACUAUUUGUUGGCAGUUGUAAUGGACUAUUUUUUGUAAAUUGCCUUGUUCAGAAGCACCACCUGGAUUUUGUGCUUUAUUUUUUUAAUUCUAUGUCACAGGGUUGUCUAUUACCUUUCUGCGUGUGCUGUAAUGCUUAUGAUACAGUGUGAAAUGCUGCAAGUCGGGAAAAUGGGAAUUGACCAAAUUUCACUUAAUUGGGUUGAACUAUACAUCCGAAGUCCGUCAAUAAAGCAUUGUUUUGUAUUACUUCAGCUUUGCCUUUUCAUAUAUUAGAAUUGUGAAACUGGCAUGUAGUCAAAUAUUUACAAAAUCUCUUAGGCAAUAUAUUAUAUUCAUUAGUGAUCAGUUUGCCUUGAAUAUCCAUGUGCCCCACACAUUCUCCAUUAGCUAAAGGAAGUCAAGUAACAGCAAUGUGCAAUUUUUUGUUUUAUUUUAUUAUUCAUCUUACUUUGGACUGUUGCACCCAGUGUUGUCCAAGUCUUAUUUUCUCUGCUGUACCAAUGUAGCAAAAUAGUAUAUUUAAGUUGAACAAACCAAUGUGACAGAAUCCUGCCUAUUGUGUUUAAGAAAGAGCUGCAAAUGCUGGAAAAAUUGAAGGUAGACAAAAAUGCUGCAGAAACUCAGUGGGUGAGGCAGCAUCUAUGGAGCGAAGGAAUAGGUUGUGUUUCAGAAGGGUCAUGACCCGAAACGUUGCCUCUUCCUGCGCUCCAUAGAUGCUAAUUUUGCUUACUGCUCACCAUAAAGAAACUUUGCUUAUUUCCCUCCCUCACCUGUAAUGCUGUUUUUUUGUUUUUGUUUGUUUUUUUGCUACAGAAGAGUGCUCCUGGUAUUCUAUAAUAUAAUUUUCAGAUGUUUCUUUGAACAGUUAGACUUGACUGGCAUAUUAGAUCUGCAAAUAUUGUGGAGAUUUAGACUGAAGAUUAUUUUGAUAUUAGAUUGUUUUUAUUGCUUGUACACUUAAUAAUAAUUUCUCUUCAUUACCACAUUUUAAUAUUUUAUCCAGCUGCUAUAAAUCUCAACUCAUUUUAAAGGAAGUGAGUGAGUUCCUCAUUAUCUAUUUGCUCCGUAUGUGCAUGAGCAGAUAGGUUGAUGUGCAUUUUCAACAGCACAUUGAGAGCAAAGACUAGUGAUACACACGUUUUCACUUGAAUUUACGAUAAAAGCUAAUUCACUUAUUUUUGUACUUUCAAUGACCACUUUUGCUAAUCAACAUACUCUAUAAACACAACUUCCUAUUGUGAGCGCAGAACUUGCCCUUUAAUGUUUACUCAUUUCUCUUUGUGAAAGUUGGAAAAUAUCAGAACUUGUUACACCUGUUCAAUGCCUUUGUUUGAAUUUGUUCAUUAAAGGCUAAUUUUUAAAACAA